AUGUCGCGCGAUGCCAGCAAUCUUCUUCUUGAUGAGGUGCCCUACCUGUCGAGCUAUCAGGUGAUAGGCCAGAAUGUUCAGCCUUUGGGUUCGUCGCUGUUUGCACUGAAGGUUCCUGGCUGCCAACAACGGCUCAAGGCUCAACUACCCUGCAAGUUCAACGAUCGGGUGUUCUUCGGAAAGCAUAAAUUCUGUCUUGCAACACUUCCGUAUACCCGUGUAGAGCUUGGACUUGAGCUUGGGUCUGAAUCAGGACCGGACGGGGCUCGCCCUAACAUAGAGAAGAUCGAGGAUAUACUGGCUGUCAUCGACGCCGUGCUGACAGAGAAAAAUAUUUUCCAGCUGGUUGAAAGGGGAGAUUGGCCAGAAGAGUUUAAAGCCUCCGUGUCAGUCCAGACUGAACAGAAUGCAGACCGGCGACCCCCUAGCAGUAACCACCGCCAGUGCAUACUUGUGGAGUCUAGUUCUAGUGAUAUGUACUACUAA